AUGGAGGAUAUAGAUGGCAAGGAGAACACAGAGGCUGGAAAGAUUGUGAGUGUCUGGAUGACGAGAGAUCAUGGUAGUGAGGAGAUGAGCGAAGAAAACGGGAUCAGGAAGCUCGUGGAGAAAAUUGGGAAGGGUAUGAUUGAAUUCAGAGUUUUUGAGGAUGAGAGUUAUCUUAUUGACCGAGAUGACCUUCCUAUGAAGCCUAACGAGGUUUCGGAUGUUUUUACACAGUUUCGAAAGACUGUCGAACCUCUCCGCGAUAAUGUUCGAGACCCACACCCUCGGCCAAUUUCAAUCGCUCCAAUUCCACAUUAUAUCCCAGCCCAAAAACCGCCCUUCACAAUCCCUGACUCUCUUGAUGGUCUUAUUUCUUCACUUCUUAAACCGCUUCAGAACCUCGAUCUUCCUGGGUCAUCAUUGCAGACACCACCCGGUGCAAAGACAGCACACCCCUUCAAAGGCGGCGAAACAUCUGGUUUGAAACGAAUUGACCAUAUGUUAGCCACUGGAGCAAUGACAACUUAUAAGGACACCCGUAACGGCUUAUUAGGCGAAGAUUUCUCGUGCAAGUUUGCUGCCUGGCUUGCGCAGGGUUGCGUUUCCUCAAGGAUAAUUAAUAAAGCCAUGUUUGAAUUCGAAGAGGGACGCCCUUGGAAACCCAUACUAUCGCUCCCGAAUGACAAGAGUGAAAACAAACCACAUCCCCAAGGAUAUGGAAAGGGAGAAAAUAAAGGCACUGCAUCGAUUCGCUUUGAAUUACUGUGGCGAGAUUAUUUCCGUCUCUGUAUGCUUAAAUUUGGACCCAAAAUCUUCUCGCAGGCCGGAUAUCGGGGUGACACAAGUUACUACUGGAAGACGUUAUCAGAUCCUGCUGCAAAAGAGGAUUUUGGGCGAUGGCAGAGAGGAAAUACUGGUAUGGGCUUAGUCGAUGCGAGCAUGAGGGAACUAUACCUUACAGGAUGGACAAGUAAUCGGGCUAGACAGAAUGUAGCGAGUUAUUUGGCUAAGAGAAUGAAAAUGGAUUGGAGAUUAGGGGCAGAGUGGUAUGAGUGUAUGCUGGUGGAUUAUGAUACCAGCAGUAAUUGGGGGAACUGGCAAUAUACUGCUGGCGUUGGAAAUGACCCAAGAGGAGAAAGCCGCGUAUUCAACCAGGUUAAGCAAGCGCAUGACUACGACCCCAGUGGAGACUAUAUUAAAUAUUGGGUCCACGAGGAUAAAGUCGUGGAUUUUAGUGAGGAUGGGAAAAUUAGUGUACAAAACCCUUUAAUUAGGAUUGAUUAUGCCGGAGCAAAUGGUGGCAGAGGUGGUAAAGUUGGUAGGGGUAGUAAAGGUGGCCAUGGAAGGGGUGGUGGUGGUGGUGGUGGUAGUGGUGGGAAAAAGAAUAGAGGUGAGGUAAGGGGCGAUCGGCUUGGUGAUGGGGGAGACGAAGGAAUAGAGCCUGGUAGAGAAGGAUAG